AUGUCAACUAACAAAGUUUUUGUUAUAAAAGGAAUACAACUUGUUUUUUAUGUAAAACAUGAAGUACCUGAAAAAAGCACAGUAGAGAGAUUAAUAAAGGACAAUGGAGGAAAAGUUGUAUCAAGGCCAAAUGAUGCACGUUGGAUUUUAGCGGAUCCUUCAAAACCACAAAACAGAACACAGAGAUUCAAAAUAUUAUCAUAUAAAAUCAUUAUUGAUUCAAUAAAAAAGAAUAAAUUUCAAUCCAUAUCAAUAUAUCAAAUAGUUUGUACAGCGAAAAGGACCGGGCGAACAGAAUUUACAUUUCAAGAUGAUAAAUUCAUAGAAAAUUUUUUACAAACUAAAAGUCAUGAUUUUCACGGAAAAGUAAUUUAUGAGGAACUCGAACAUUUGAAUGACAGACAUUCAUGGGAAUCGUGGAGAAAACGUGCUAUAGAAAAAGUGAUCCCAAGGUUGCAGAAGAAAGGAACUCUUUGA